AUGGUUUCCCAGACCGUUUACUACAAUGGAUCUGAAGCUGACAGUGAUUUGGAAGCUAAUCCCUCUCUUUCUGGCAAAUACAUGGCGGUCUCUGCCGGUGCAUCUGCCAGUUUCUCCAUUAACAAGACUUUCCAUUCGAGCUACCAGUAUUCCAUGUUCGACUUCAGCCAAGUCCUCCUGGAGGUUGGUUUCGAAAACUUCGCCGAAGAAAUCGAUGUCAAUGCGAUUGCAAGGCACGUGAAAAAAUUGGCUGAAUUUAACGCCACGAGGCCAGAUGUCGUGAGGAAGUAUAAGGAUUUCUUUGGCGCCUUCGGAUCCCAUGUUGUUACUGGCGCAACUUACGGGUCACAGUUCCAACUGAAUUUCUGGGCAUCUAAUGAGGACUCUUCCGUAAAUUCCAAUUUCAAGGCCGAUAUCGAGGCCGAAUUCAACGGUCUCACCGCCAGCGGACGGUUCGAUGCGUCCGUCAAGAAAACCGGUCAGUAUAAGGCUUUCGAGAAAUGGAUGCAAAAAACCUGCUCCUGUCAGGGUGGGGACACAAUUAUCGGGACCAAGGUUUAUUCCGAUUCCACCGCUGAAGAUGUCUACCGCAAUUACGAAAGAUGGGUUGAAAUUUCUCAACAGACCCGGGGGGUCAUGGCUUUGCAGACCAGGGGUCUUUGGGAACUCAUGGCGGCCGCGAUGGAUGACGAGCUGAAUAAUCGUGUCGAAGACAUCGAACAAGCCUUCGACUGGAUUGUUGGUAACCCAGCCAUCCACCAAACCAAGUGCACGCUCGUUAUCAACUCGGACUGGGGUGAGAUCGGCUUUUUGAACCCUUCCGCGUUCAUCGUUCAGGAUCCCAACAGCCCACCCCCACCGGACAACACCACCUUCUCAAGUAUAAAGAUUAUCUGGGGUCGAGAACAUUUUCACGACUUCAAGGGUGAAAUCAGAAUCGACUUCCUCAUUCAAAACGACGGUUCUCCUGUAGACAUUGAGCUCUCUCAUGGCGGUGAUGGGUCCACUGGUAGUGGUGCUUGCUGGGCCAUCAUCGGUGAUACAGCAGAGCGGCUUUAUGAAGCGGACCGCCUGAGCUUGCUGAGGUAA